CCUGACUCCACCCCCACUCUGACCUGGGACUCUCACAAUGCUCCCCACUCAGCCUGGCUGGGCGCCUGGCACUUUCACAUGCCAUGCCUCACUCAGGCCGUCUUCCUGUGAGGCCAUCCAGACAUUCAAGGGUAGACCUCAGGCCCAUUUCUGCCCUGGGCAGCCUUUCUGGGUGGCAGGUGGCUUUCUCAUCCAUUAGGCAUCCGACAAGCACCAAGAAACUGCCAGGCCCCUCGCCUCUUUGUGCUGAAAAAUACUGAGGCUCAGAGACAUUUAGCUGCUGCCGCCAAGUCCCGCUCCCCAUCCCCCCCGCAGCCCACAGUGAGCUGGUGGUGGUGCAGGCACGUGUGGAACCAUCAGCCCUGGCAGGAGCCUGCUCGCCUGUAGCCUCGAUUCCCUGCACGGAGCGCUUUGCAGUCUCCACCUCCUGGCUCUCGAAUCCAGUGAGUAAGUGGGGGACACAUCACUCCCAUUGCACAGGUCCCCUCCCGCAAAACUGAGGUCGGGCGACUGGGAAAAACCCCAAAGGACAGCAGGGUUGUGGCUGAGUAUGGGGGCGGGAAAUAGUGGUACUCUGUCCAUGACAUCCAUGCAGCCCAGCCCGGACUCAGGGGACCUUGUCAGCCCUGUCUGCCCGGACUAGGCCGCGGCCAGACCGGCCACGCAGGUUCCCGCCCCCGGGGGAGCGCUGCCAGUGGACAAAAGGCCAAGGCUGCCGGGGCCAUCCCGCGUGCGAACCCGUAGCGCCUGGAGGCGGGGAGCGGGCGGGCCGGAGGAACUCGCCUCGGAGCGCCUAUUGGCUGGAACAGACGCUCAUCCGGACCCCCCCGACAAGUGGCCGGUGGGGGCGGAGUUAGAAGAGCCCCAAUGAAUGGGGGAGCCGGAAGCAGGAAGUGAGUUUGCAAUCGGAGCAGCUGCUGCAGGGCCCAUGGCGGACACCCAGUACAUCCUGCCCAAUGACAUCGGUGUGUCUAGCCUGGACUGCCGCGAGGCCUUCCGCCUGCUGUCGCCCACAGAGCGCCUCUAUGCCCACCAUCUGUCACGGGCCGCCUGGUAUGGAGGCCUGGCUGUGCUGUUGCAGACCUCCCCUGAGGCCCCCUACAUCUAUGCCCUGCUCAGCCGCCUCUUCCGUGCCCAGGACCCCGAUCAGCUGCGCCAGCAUGCCCUGGCUGAAGGCCUUACCGAGGAGGAGUAUCAGGCGUUCCUGGUCUAUACUGCGGGGGUCUACUCCAACAUGGGCAACUACAAGUCCUUCGGCGACACCAAGUUUGUUCCCAAUCUGCCAAAGGAGAAGCUGGAACGUGUGAUCCUGGGGAGUAAGGCCGCCCAGCAGCAUCCAGAAGCCGUCAGGGGCCUCUGGCAGACCUGCGGGGAGCUCAUAUUCUCUCUGGAGCCGAGGCUUCGACAUCUCGGGCUAGGGAAGGAGGGCAUCACUACCUAUUUCUCAGGAGACUGUACCAUGGAAGAUGCCAAACUGGCCCAAGACUUUCUGGACUCACAGAACCUCAGUGCCUAUAACACACGGCUCUUCAAGGAGGUCGGCCAGGAUGGGAAGCCCCAUUACGAGGUGCGGCUGGCUUCUGUGCUCGGCACAGAGCCUGCUCUGGACUCGGAAAUGACUUCCAAGCUGAAGAGCUACAAAUUCCAGGAGAGCCAUUUCCAGGUGACCCGGGGGGACUAUGCACCCAUCCUCCAGAAAGUGGUGGAGCACCUGGAGAAGGCUAAGACGUAUGCAGCCAACAGCCACCAGGAGCAGAUGCUGGCCCAGUACAUAGAAAGCUUCACCCAGGGCUCCGUCGAGGCCCACAAGAGGGGCUCCCGCUUCUGGAUCCAGGACAAGGGCCCCAUUGUGGAGAGUUACAUCGGGUUCAUCGAGAGCUACCGAGACCCCUUUGGUUCCCGUGGAGAGUUUGAAGGCUUCGUGGCCAUGGUGAACAAGGCCAUGAGUGCCAAGUUUGAGCAGCUGGUGGCGAGCGCGGAGCAGCUGCUGAAGGAGCUGCCCUGGCCCCCGGCCUUCGAGAAGGACAAGUUCCUCACCCCCGACUUCACCUCCCUGGAUGUUCUCACCUUCGCUGGUUCCGGCAUCCCUGCUGGCAUCAACAUCCCCAACUAUGACGACCUGAGGCAGACAGAAGGCUUUAAGAAUGUGUCACUGGGGAAUGUACUGGCCGUGGCCUAUGCCACGCAGCGUGAGAAGCUCACCUUCCUGGAGGAGGAUGACAAGGACCUGUAUAUCCGCUGGAAGGGGCCCUCCUUCGAUGUGCAGGUGGGGCUGCAUGAACUGCUGGGCCAUGGCAGCGGCAAGCUCUUUGUGCAGGAUGAGAAAGGAGUGUUCAACUUUGACCAGGAGACAGUGGUCAACCCAGAGACAGGGGAGCAGAUUCAGAGCUGGUACCGGAGCGGGGAGACCUGGGACAGCAAGUUCAGCACCAUCGCCUCAAGCUAUGAAGAGUGCCGGGCCGAGAGCGUGGGCCUCUACCUCUGCCUGCAGCCCCAAGUGCUGGAGAUCUUUGGCUUCGAGGGGUCUGAUGCAGAAGAUGUGAUCUACGUGAACUGGCUCAACAUGGUUCGGGCUGGGCUGCUCGCCCUAGAGUUCUACACCCCUGAGGCCUCCAACUGGAGACAGGCUCAUAUGCAGGCCCGGUUUGUGAUCCUGAGGGUCUUGCUGGAGGCUGGCGAGGGCCUCGUUACCGUCACUCCCACCACAGGCUCUGAUGGGCGCCCAGAUGCCCGGGUCCACCUUGACCGUAGCAAGAUCCGGUCCGUGGGCAAGCCUGCCCUGGAGCGGUUCCUACGGAGACUUCAGGUGCUAAAGUCCACGGGGGAUGUGGCUGGCGGCCGGGCCCUGUACGAGGGGUAUGCGGCGGUCACUGAUGUGCCCCCCGAGUGUUUCCUCACCCUCAGGGACACCGUGCUGCUCCGCAAGGAAUCUCGGAAGCUCAUCGUUCAGCCCAACACUCGACUCGAAGGCUCAGAAGUACAGCUUCUUGAAUACGAAGCCUCAGCUGCUGGCCUCAUCCGAUCCUUCUCCGAGCGCUUCCCAGAGGAUGGGCCAGAGUUGGAGGAGGUCCUCACCCAGUUGGCCACAGCUGAUGCCCGGUUCUGGAAGUGCCCCAGUGAGGCCCCAUCUGGCCAGGCUUGAAGCAGAUUUGUGCAGCCCCUUCCCCUACUACAUCAAACCGAGGCUGCCAGUAGCCCCCUUUUUGUGAGUGUAUUAGGGGUGAGGGGUGGGGCAGGAUCUCAGGCCUUGGUGCUACCUCAGCCGAGGGUGGUGACACUAACCCCUUCCAUCUGUUAGCACUUUCCAGUUUACCAAGUGCUUCCCCUGUGUUAUCUUAUUUGAUCUGUGCUGCCCUCUGUAGAGUGGGCAAGGCAGGGCGCCUUACCCUGCUUCCCAGAUAAGGAAAUGGAAGUUCUGAGAAGUGACCGGUCUAGAUCCUGCAGGACUCAAAACCUCUCCCAGUACAAUACUCUUCAUGUUUUGCUUUUAUAACCAGAAAAAUAAAUAUUAGAAACAACCACCAUC